AAGCAGCGGCGGAACCUGCCCCGGGAUUUAGCUGAAGAGUCCGGGCUGGAGAAGGGAGCGGAUCCCGCACCCACGGGGCUGCGCUUCCCAGAGCAAGCAAAGUGAAAGACGCCGGCUCGAAGCACACCGAGCCUGGCUGCAGUCCUCAGCGAAGUCUCGGAGCCGGCAAAGCCCUGUCGGAGGGUCCCGGAACUGGGGGGAACCCCGCAGCAGAGACCCAUCGGAGGGUCCCAGAGCCGACGAAGUCCCAUCGGAGGGUCCGGGAGCUCUGUUAAACUCCGCAGCGGAGUCCCCGAGCCGGUAAAGCCCUGUCGGAGGCUCCUGGAGCCGGAGUGAAUCCCACAGCAAAGCUCCAUUGGAAAGUCCCACGUGAACCCCUCAGAACAGCCCCAUCGGAAGCUCCCGGAGCCCGGCUUAUCCCCGCAGCAGAGAGUUCCAGCCCCGUCGGAGGGUCUCAGAAAGCGGCCAAGCGCCGCGGCAGAGUCCUGAAACCCGGCUCAACCCCGCAGCAAAGCCCACUCUAAGGGUCCCGACAACAGAGCCCCGUCGGGGGGUCCCGGCGCCGUGCGGAACCUCGCAGAAAAAGCUGUCGGAGUCUCCCGGAGCCCAGUGCAACCCCGCAGAAGAGUCCCGGAGCCGUCGAAGCCCCGUCGGAGGCUUCCGUAACCCUGCUGAACCCCACAGAAGAGGCCCGCCUAAGGGUCCCGGAGCCCGGUUGAAACGCACAGCAGAGCCCCGGAGCCGGCAUCCCGGCAUCGCGGCAUCCCGCAACCCGUCUGUCCCUCGCAGAAAAACCUCAUCGGAGGGUCCUGGAACCCAGUGCAACCUCCAGCAGAGUCCCGGUGCCGGCAAGGUCCCGCCAAAGGCUCCCGGAGCGGGACAGCAGGCGGGAGCCGAGCCCCGCCAGGGGCAGCCGGUCUCACCGAUCCCCCGGAGACCCGCGUUGGGAAGAAUCUCCGGGAUCCCAUUCGGGUGAACGGUGGUGGUGGUGCCUCCGGGGGCUCAAACUGCCCCCCGGUCCCCUCUCCAUGGACUGAGAUGGCCUCGGAGCUGGCCAUGAGCGCGGAGCUGCCCACCAGCCCCCUCGCCAUCGAGUACGUGAACGAUUUCGACUUGAUGAAGUUCGAAGUGAAGAAGGAACCGGCGGAGGCGGAGAGGCUGUGCCACCGUCUGCCCGCCGGGUCCCUCUCUUCCACCCCGCUCAGCACGCCCUGCUCCUCCGUGCCUUCCUCGCCCAGUUUCUGCGCUCCGAGUCCUGGUGGACAGCCAGCACCAGGUCCUCCAGCUACUACAGCUGCUUCCCUGGGCUCCAAACCUCAGCUGGAGGAGCUGUAUUGGAUGUCGGGUUACCAGCAUCACCUGAAUCCCGAAGCUCUCAACCUGACACCGGAGGAUGCGGUGGAAGCGCUGAUCGGAGCUCCACACCAUCAUCACCAUCACCAUCAAGGCUACGAGCCUUUCCGCCCUCAGCCUUUUGGAGGUGAGGAGCUUCCACCGGCAGCUCAUCAUCAUCCCGGUCACCACCAUCACCACCACCACCAUCUGCGUUUGGAGGACCGCUUCUCCGAUGACCAGCUGGUGAGUAUGUCGGUACGGGAGCUCAACCGGCAGCUGCGGGGCUUCAGCAAGGAGGAGGUCAUCCGCCUCAAGCAGAAGAGGAGGACCUUGAAGAACCGAGGCUACGCUCAGUCCUGCCGUUACAAGCGUGUCCAGCAGCGGCACAUCCUGGAGAACGAGAAAUGCCAACUCCAAAGCCAAGUGGAACAACUGAAGCAAGAGGUGACCCGCUUGGCCAAGGAAAGGGAUCUGUACAAAGAAAAAUACGAGAAGUUAGCCGGCCGGGGGGGCUUCCCAAGGGAGCCCUCCCCAUCCACAGCCCCCAAACCCACCGCCGACUUCUUUAUGUGAGCCACAAACCCACGGGUGGUGGUGGCGGUGGCGAGGGGUGACCCCUUUUUUGUCCUCAUGUAGGGUGAGACCCCCCUCUGCUUGUAUAAAGAAUAAUAUUAUUAUUACUAUUUCCCCCACCCCCUGAAUUUUUGGGAGGGAUAUCCCGGGGUUGGGGAGGGGGGGUGUGUGGGGGGGUAUCCUGGAGCCAACCUGCAUGCGGGACGUGUAUGGUGCGCUGCCCCCCUCCACUCCCCAAUUUUGUCCACUUUCUUGGGAGCAUCCAGGAGCUCUCCCAACUCCCCCCCCCCCCCCCCCCCCCCCUUAUCCUGCCUGUUUUUAUCCCUUUAUUUUAAUUUUUGGAGGGGGGUCUCUGAGCCGGGGCUGGAGGAGGGGGGGGGGGGGCGGGGGUCCCAGCAGUGCUGCACCCUACCCAGCCCCACCACAUCCACCUAAAACCCUCCCCAAACCUACCCCGGCUGGCAAAUCUGAGCCACAUUUAACUUAUUCACCCUUGUAAAUAUGUAGAAAUUAGUUUAGUUUUUCUGCCUUCUUACCCCUUCUCUUCC